UGCAUUUGCAAAAAGUGGUACUGUUUUAAUUUAGCAGGCAGUAGAAAUGUGCCUAAAAUCUAUGUGUAAUAGUUUUUCUUCAGCUUAUUAGCCUCAUGAGGGAAAUAAUGCUACUUGACUUAGUCGACGGAAAAUAAUCUCAUAUAACUGUAUAAUGAAAUUGUUCUGCAACAAUGGGAAAGCAAAAUAGUAAACUAAAACCGGAAGUUUUGGAGGAUCUGAAACAAAACACUGAGUUCACAGAUGCCGAAAUCCAAGAAUGGUAUAAAGGCUUUCUUAAGGAUUGCCCUAGUGGGCAUUUGUCAGUAGAAGAGUUCAAGAAGAUAUAUGGGAACUUCUUCCCAUAUGGUGAUGCCAGCAAGUUUGCAGAACAUGUUUUUCGGACAUUCGACGCAAACGGCGAUGGCACUAUAGACUUUAGAGAGUUUUUGUGUGCACUAAGUGUCACAUCUCGAGGAAAACUCGAACAAAAACUUAAAUGGGCGUUCUCAAUGUAUGAUCUAGACGGAAACGGAUACAUAUCGCGGCAGGAAAUGCUGGAAAUUGUUACGGCAAUAUACAAAAUGGUCGGGUCGGUGAUGAAAAUGCCAGAAGACGAAAGUACUCCUGAGAAACGAACCGAUAAGAUUUUUCGGCAAAUGGAUCGAAACAAAGAUGGAAAAUUAAGCUUGGAAGAGUUCAUAGAAGGAGCCAAGAGUGAUCCAUCAAUAGUACGAUUAUUACAGUGUGAUCCACAGUCUCAUUAACUUAAUUACUAUUGAAAAGCAAGCAAUAAUCAUUUAAACGUGUAUAGAGUAAUUGCGAAUUAAAUUGUUUUGUUUCAGUAUGGCCAUUAUGUAUAUUUCUUUCUAAUAAUAAACAAUUCUUAUAAUAUUAAAUUAUAAUAUUAAAUAAUAUCUAUUAUGACCGUUCCAAAACACCCAUGUUGAGGUUUUAAAUUUUUCAUAAUAAAAUGAUCAUAAAGGAA